CGCCCGCUCGCCCCCGGCCCCGGCUCCUCCUCCUCCUCUUCUCGCCAUUGCAGUUGGGAUUCGGCAGCCCGGUGCGCACCGCGUGGCUUUCAGAGGGGAGACCCCGGCAGGCUGUGGCAGGAGGGCGGCGGCGGCGGCUGUGGUCAGGGCAGGGGACGCCCACAAGAUAGUUGAAGUAUUGAUAACACCAAGGAAAUCUGUCACAAUUUGAAAAGAUAAGCAAAAAUUUGAUUUCCAGACACUACAGAAAAAGAAGUAAAAAUGGCUUUGUGUCAUCAUCACAUCGUCACAAGAAGAAGAGGAAAGCGUCCAGUGCGAAUUUUUGUGAAUGAUGAUCGCCAUGUGAUGGCAAAGCAUUCUUCCGUUUAUCCAACCCAAGAGGAGCUGGAGGCCGUCCAGAACAUGGUGUCGCACACGGAGCGGGCUCUCAAAGCUGUGUCCGACUGGAUAGAUGAGCAGGAGAAGGGCAGCAGCGAGCACGCGGAGUCGGAGAACAUGGACGUGCCCCCGGAGGACGAGACCAAAGAAGGGGCCGGGGAGCAGAAGACGGAGCACAUGACCAGAACCCUGCGGGGGGUGAUGAGGGUGGGCCUCGUGGCCAAGGGCCUGCUGCUCAGGGGGGACCUGGACCUGGAGCUGGUGCUGCUGUGUAAGGAGAAGCCCACGACCGCCCUCCUGGACAAAGUGGCCGACAACCUGGCCAUCCAGCUCGCUGCUGUCACAGAAGACAAGUACGAAAUCCUCCAGUCUGUCGGUGAUGCCGCCAUUGUGAUAAAAAACACAAAAGAGCCGCCGUUGUCCCUCACCAUCCACCUGACGUCCCCUGUUGUCAGAGAAGAGAUGGAGAAAGUGUUAGCUGGAGAAACGCUAUCAGUCAACGAUCCCCCGGACGUUCUGGACAGGCAGAAAUGCCUUGCUGCCUUGGCGUCCCUCCGACACGCCAAGUGGUUCCAGGCCAGAGCCAACGGGCUGAAGUCGUGUGUCAUUGUCAUCCGGGUCCUGAGGGACCUGUGCACCCGCGUGCCCACCUGGGGUCCCCUCAGAGGAUGGCCCCUCGAGCUUCUCUGUGAGAAGUCCAUCGGCACGGCCAACAGACCCAUGGGGGCCGGCGAGGCCCUGCGGAGAGUGCUGGAGUGCCUGGCGUCGGGCAUCGUGAUGCCAGAUGGUUCUGGCAUUUAUGACCCUUGUGAAAAAGAAGCCACUGAUGCUAUUGGGCAUCUAGACAGACAGCAACGGGAAGAUAUCACACAGAGUGCGCAGCACGCUCUGCGACUUGCUGCGUUUGGCCAGCUCCAUAAAGUCCUGGGGAUGGACCCUCUGCCUUCUAAGAUGCCCAAGAAACCAAAGAACGAAAACCCAGUGGACUACACGGUUCAAAUCCCCCCCAGUACCACCUAUGCCAUUACACCCAUGAAGCGCCCCAUGGAGGAGGAUGGGGAGGAGAAGUCACCCAGCAAAAAGAAGAAGAAGAUUCAGAAGAAAGAGGAGAAGGCGGAGCCCCCCCAAGCUAUGAAUGCCUUGAUGAGGCUGAACCAGCUGAAGCCGGGGCUGCAGUAUAAACUGGUUUCCCAGACUGGGCCUGUCCACGCGCCCAUCUUCACCAUGUCUGUGGAGGUAGACGGCAACUCAUUCGAGGCCUCCGGACCGUCCAAAAAGACCGCCAAGCUGCACGUGGCGGUUAAGGUGUUACAGGACAUGGGCUUGCCCACCGGUGCUGAGGGCAGGGACUCCAGCAAGGGGGAGGACUCAGCUGAGGAGGCGGAGGCCAAGCCGGCCGUGGCGGCCCCCCCGCCCGUGGUGGAGACCGUCGCUACCCCCAGCGCCGCCUUCCCCUCGGAUCCCACUGCUGAGCAGGGGCCGAUCCUCACCAAGCAUGGCAAGAACCCAGUCAUGGAGCUGAACGAGAAGAGGCGCGGCCUCAAGUAUGAGCUCAUCUCGGAGACCGGGGGCAGCCAUGACAAGCGCUUCGUCAUGGAGGUCGAGGUGGACGGACAGAAGUUCCAAGGUGCUGGCUCGAACAAAAAGGUGGCGAAAGCAUACGCUGCACUGGCUGCGCUUGAGAAGCUGUUCCCCGAUGCCCCCCUCGCCCUCGAGGCCAACAAGAAGAAGAGAGCCCCCGUGCCCGUCAGAGGUGGACCCAAGUUUGCUGCUAAGCCACAUAAUCCUGGGUUUGGCAUGGGGGGCCCAAUGCACAAUGAAGUGCCCCCGCCCCCGAACCUUCGAGGGCGGGGCAGAGGAGGGAACAUCCGCGGUCGAGGGAGAGGGAGAGGAUUCGGUGGCGCCAACCAUGGAGGCUACAUGAAUGCUGGCGCCGGGUACGGCAGCUACGGGUAUGGAGGCAACUCGGCGACGGCCGGCUACAGUCAGUUCUACAGCAACGGAGGGCACUCCGGGAAUGCCGGCGGAGGAGGCGGCGGGGGCGGUGGGGGCUCCUCCGGCUAUGGCUCCUACUACCAAGGCGACAGCUACAACUCACCUGUGCCCCCGAAGCACGCCGGGAAGAAGCAGCCGCACGGGGGCCAGCAGAAGCCCUCCUACGGCUCGGGCUACCAGUCACACCAAGGCCAGCAGCAGCCUUACAACCAGAGCCAGUACAGCAGUUACGGCCCCCCGCAGGGCAAGCAGAAAGGCUACAGCCACGGCCAGGGCAACUACUCCUCCUACUCCAACUCCUAUGGCUCCCCCGGGGGCGGGGGCGGCGCGGACUACAGUUACGAGAGCAAAUUCAACUACAGCGGUAGUGGAGGCCGAAGCGGCGGGAACAGCUACGGCUCAGGCGGCUCAUCCUACAACCCAGGGUCACACGGGGGCUACGGCGGAGGUUCUGGGGGCGGCUCCUCAUACCAAGGCAAACAAGGAGGCUACUCGUCACAGUCCAACUACAACUCCCCCGGCUCUGGCCAGAACUACAGCGGCCCGCCCAGCUCCUACCAGUCCUCACAGGGCGGCUAUGGCAGGAACGCAGACCACAGCAUGAACUACCAGUACAGAUAAGGCCGCCAGGCGAAGACCUGUCCCUUCUGCACUCGCCCCCGUUGUCAGAUUGUUUUACGCAGUUAACACGCCCGCGGCCCCGCCCCGCCCACGUCGCCGUGUCGGGAGGCACAGCUGCUCUCCCCGCGGCCGUCCUCUGACCUGUAUGUAGCCGUGUUUGGACUCGUGUCUUCAAUGGUUUGUUAGUUGCCAUUACAACUUUGUCAAGUAGGGUUUUUGAGUUCUCGCAGUUCCGUAUCCCUCUGUCUAUUUACACUUGGUGUUAGUGUUAACUCAGUUUGUCUCUAAAUAGUUCUGGAAGGGAUACGUCAUCUGUUCCUGCUUUUGUGAAGUGAGUUACACAGCUUUCUGUAUUUUAAUGCUUUAGUGUUUCAGUUUUAUAAGUGAAGAUUUUAUUUUAAAAACCAGUGGGAAAGAGUGGGGUUUUUGUAUGUCUGGAUCAUUCAGGCAGUACAUCUGAAUUAAGCUGAAUGUAGACGAAUAAAGAAAACAAAACUCUG